AUGGCUACUUUGCCAGGAACAGUGCCUCGGAUGAUGCGCCCUGCGCCAGGACAGAAUUACCCAAGAACCGGCUUUCCCCUGGAAGUGUCCACCCCUCUGGGCCAGGGUCGGGUGAACCAGCUUGGCGGAGUGUUCAUCAACGGGAGGCCGCUGCCAAAUCACAUCCGACACAAGAUAGUGGAGAUGGCCCACCACGGCAUCCGACCGUGCGUAAUCUCGCGACAGCUGCGGGUGUCUCACGGCUGCGUGUCCAAGAUCCUGUGCCGGUACCAGGAGACCGGCUCCAUCCGUCCCGGGGCCAUAGGAGGCAGCAAGCCCAGGCAGGUGGCAACUCCCGACGUGGAGAAGCGCAUCGAGGAGUACAAGCGAGAGAACCCGGGUAUGUUCAGCUGGGAGAUCCGGGAUAAGCUGCUGAAGGACGGGGUGUGCGACAGAAGCACUGUUCCUUCAGGUGAGGCCUCAUCUGUGAGCUCCAUCAGCCGCGUAUUGAGGGCCCGAUUUGGCAAAAAAGAUGACGAGGAUGACUGUGAUAAGAAGGAUGAAGAUGGAGAAAAGAAAACAAAGCAUAGCAUCGAUGGCAUCCUCGGUGAUAAAUGUAACCGCACAGAUGAGGGCUCAGAUGUAGACUCGGAGCCCGACCUGCCCCUGAAGAGGAAGCAGAGGCGCAGUCGCACCACGUUCACUGCCGAGCAGCUGGAGGAGCUGGAGAAGGCCUUUGAACGGACACAUUACCCCGACAUCUACACCAGAGAGGAGCUGGCUCAGAGGACGAAGCUCACAGAGGCCAGAGUACAGGUGUGGUUCAGCAACAGGCGAGCUCGGUGGCGCAAACAGGCCGGGGCCAACCAGCUCGCGGCCUUCAACCACCUGCUUCCCGGAGGGUUCCCACCCACAGGCAUGCCCACUCUACCCACGUACCAGCUGCAGGACUCCGGCUACCCCGGCACGCUAUCGCAGGAGGGCGGCACGUUGCACAGACCCCAGCCCCUGCCUCCGUCCUCCAUGCACCAGGGAGGUCUGGGUUCUGACGGCAGCUCUUACGGCCUGACGUCCAACCGCCACAGCUUCUCCAGCUACUCUGAUACCUUCAUGAGCCCCUCGGCGUCCAGCAACCACAUGAACUCUGUCGGCAACGGCCUCUCCCCACAGGUGAUGAGUAUCCUGAGCAACCCCAGCGUCUCCCAGUCCCAGCACGACUUUUCCAUUUCCCCCCUGCACGGCAGCCUGGACGGCUCCAUCCCCAUCUCGGCCAGCUGCAGCCAGCGCUCCGACACCAUCAAGAGUGUGGACAGCCUGGCCUCCUCCCAGUCAUACUGCCCCCCCACCUACAGUGCCACCAGCUACAGCGUGGACCCCGUCACUGCAGGCUACCAGUACAGCCAGUAUGGCCAGACUGCUGUCGACUACCUAGCCAAGAACGUGAGCUUGUCCACCCAGAGGAGGAUGAAGCUGGGAGACCACUCUGCCGUGCUGGGACUCCUGCAGGUGGAGACGGGACAGGCCUACUGA